GUAAAACCCUAAAUCGAACCAAUCAAUUCAAUUGCAGGCUCUCUGAACUUCCAUCUCCACGAAAUAUCCAAGGUCCUCGGUUGUUUCAUUCGACCCCUUCCCCUGCUUCAUAAAGCUAAACUGCGAAUCUUUUCUCAGAAAGUUUCAUUUUUCUAUUACUUUAAGUUGUGGGAGAACUGCUUUCUCCAAAACAUUUAAAAAGAACUUUUUUGGAAGAUAUUACGGUUUAGAACUGCAACAGAGAGAGGGGUUAGAGAGGCGGCCAGGCUGGCUAAUAAGCUGAGGUCGGGAGAUGGCGGAUCCGCCACAUGUCCGCCGCCAAUUGAUUGCUAGCCCGUGUUCGGAGUUUGAAGAAUUCAGUUUUCUAGUAGCUAUAGAUGAAGAAGUAGAUAGUAGAGAGUGGGCCGCUCCUCAUCUCGCAUAAUGCUGACUAUUCUGCGAGUACAUCUCCCUUCUGACAUUCCGAUCGUAGGCUGCGAGCUCACGCCUUACGUUCUCUUGCGACGGCCAGAUAAUUCUGUUACUACGGACGAUGUUCUAGAUAAUGCAACUUUAGACGGACACCAAUUGAGAUACAAAUGGUAUCGCAUACAAAGUGAUAAGAAAGUUGCUAUUUGUAGUGUCCACCCAUCCGAGCAAGCUACUCUGCAAUGCCUUGGAUGUGUUAAGGCCAAAAUCACCAUUGCUAAGAGUUACCACUGCUCUCCCAAAUGCUUCUCCGAUGCAUGGCAACAUCACCGCCUUCUACAUGAGCGUGCUGCUAGUGCUGUCAAUGAAAACGGGAAUGAGGAUGAAGAAAUUUUUGGACGCAGCAAUCCACCUGGCGGUGCGAUGGUUAGUAGCACGAGCUUGCCUCAUUCACAAUCAGCCGGGAAUUUGGCAAAUGGAGCAAUAUCUUUAUAUCCUGCACCAGUCAUACAAAGAAAUGGAAGUGAAACAUGGUUUGAAGUUGGACGGUCCAAAACAUACACACCAACUGCAGAUGACAUUGGUCAUGUCCUUAAAUUUGAAUGUGUGUCUGUAGAUGCAGAAACAAAUAUUCCAGUGGGACAUACAAGUACCAUAUUGACAUCUCGUGUGAUUCCAGCACCCUCUCCUACACCACGCCGUCAAAUUUCCCUUGGUGGAGUUGAUUUGGAUUGCCGUAUUUCAUCUGCUGAUUCGUUUAGUGUGCUAUCAUACAAUAUCUUAUCCGAUGCAUACACUUCUGGUGAAAUGUACAGUUAUUGUCCCUCUUGGGCUCUUUCAUGGAUGUAUCGGAGACAGAAUCUGCUGCGAGAAAUUGUUGGGUAUCGUGCGGACAUUAUUUGUCUUCAGGAGGUUCAGAGUGACCAUUUUGUGGAUUUUUUUGCUCCUGAGUUAGACAAGCAUGGUUAUGAAGCAAUUUUUAAAGGCAAAACUGCUGAGGCAUUUAAUGGAAAUGUUAAUACAAUUGAUGGAUGUGCUACACUUUUCCGACGAGAUAGAUUUUCUCAUGUUAAGCAAUAUGAGGUUGAGUUUAAUAAAGCUGCACAAUCAUUGGCUGAUGCAUUAGCUCCCAGUGCUCAAAAGAAAGCCGCACUGAAUCGCUUGGUGAAGGACAAUGUUGCACUUAUCGUGGUCAUGGAAGCAAAGUUCAGUAACCAGGGAUCUGAUAACCCUGGAAAGAGACAGCUUGUUUGCGUGGCAAACACUCAUGUGCAUGUUCAGCAAGAGUUGAAAGAUGUCAAGCUUUGGCAGGUUCAUACACUUAUUAAAGGUCUGGAAAAGAUUGCGGCCAGUGCAGAUAUUCCAAUGUUGGUGUGUGGUGAUUUUAAUUCAGUGCCUGGAAGUGCCACUCACUCCCUCCUUGCAGCUGGGAAAGUUGAUCCAAUGCAUCCAGAUCUACACAUUGACCCUCUUGGUAUUCUGCGCCCAAUUACCAAGUUAACACAUCACCUGCCAUUGGUAAGUGCUUAUUCUGCCAUUGGUAGGCUAGGGGUAGGCCUUGGGUUUGAGCAACAGAAAAGACGAAUUGACCCUACUACGAAUGAACCCUUAUUUACAAAUUGCACUAGGGACUUCAUUGGUACCCAUGAUUACAUUUUCUACUCUGCGGACUCUUUAACAAUUGAAUCGUUAUUGGAGCUUUUGGACGAGGAGAGCUUGAGAAAAGACACAGGGCUUCCUUCUCCGGAGUGGUCUUCGGAUCAUAUAGCACUCUUAGCUGAGUUUCGGUGCAAGCCUAGAACUAAACACUGACUAGGCAUUGCAUGAAGGGGAAAUUAAGAAGCAGAAACGCGUCAAAAAGGAUUAAAGGUGAUAUUAUUUGUAAGAAUAGUAGAUGGUGCCUCUUUUGUUUCUUCUUGGUGUAGCCUUCUUCAGUGGGCCCUAGCGGCUGUUGAUAUAUAUUUUUUGUAUUAUUGUGCCGCUCUGCCUUAUCUCAUAGAAGAAAAAUAAACUGGUUUGAUGUAUUUUUCAUAUGGUCUAGAAUACAAAUAUAUAGCGGAGAAAUCUCUGUUCAUUAUCUUCUGUGUAAUCGUGUUUUUCUUUAUACAUUCGCUAAUUAAAGUAUUCAACACAAGAUUUCUGAUAUAAAA